UCACAAGCCAAUCCCGCCGCGAGACUCGCCUCUUAAGCUUUCCCGUCAACCUUAGCCCUGCCAAGCACCCUCGCCCACACACUCUCUCCUUGAUAUCCCAAUCCGAGGCACCAGUAAACAAAGGACCCCACCGCACGAAAAACCAACCAUGUCAAGGUAUCUAGAGUUCCCCUCUGAUUUCUGGGUGGAGUGGCCGCUCCACUUAGUCAAGGCUCUUCUUAUCUUCUCCAUUCUAUUCCAGGCCAUCACGGUCUCUUGUAGCGACCAAAAAGACCUCAGCAGCGUCAGCUCUCUCUACGGCCCAGGAGUCUUCAUCCCGUGGCUCUUAACGGCGCUUCCGACGCUGCUCUCCUGCGAGUGGCAGAGCCUGCUCGUUGCACUGUCUCGGCGCCUACGGAGGAUCGUGCACAAGCAAGACUUGGAGUAUGGAAUUGUUGGUGGAAAGGGGGACAAGGCGGUAAAAGAGAAGGUGGACUUUGACGCCGGAGUGCUUGGGACGGCGGCCUACCCCCUAGUGGCCAGCAUUGACGUUCUCCGCUGGAUUGGUGGGAACGCGGAUUCCCCGCAACGAGCCGCUGCGGUCUGUGUAGCUCGCGUUGGGGCUAUGGUCGCGUUCGUGGCGAUAUUGGGCGAGUGGAAUCAGAAGGAGAAUCAUCGCCACGAAGGCUUCGCUCGAGCAACGGGCCGUCGCAGAGCAACAUGGACGAUGCUGUGGAGUAUCUGCACCUUCUCAUCCAUGGCUACUCCGGCUCCCGGGUGGUUCUCCAUGCUAAUGAUGCUGAUCUGGACCUGGAGCUACAUAUGUGUCGGCACAAUGGCAACGUCGCUAAUGAACGAAGGCUACAGGUUUGAGACAGACGACGCUUGGGACAUGGCUAGCCUGUUGUUGUUCUGGGUGUUCGUGGUUGCGUCUCUCAUCGCAGGCAUGUUCAUGUACACCGAAGAGGCGCUGCCUUUCAAAAUCGGUAUCAGUUUUCCGAGGAGCGGAUCGAGUCUCUUGGACCAGGAUCAGUGGUUUCCGCUCGUUUGCUCGAUGAUUCUGGUCGUUUUUCCGGUGUCCAGGAAGGCGUAUCGCUUAUUUGAAGAAAGGCAACACCCAAUAGAUGCCGCAGACGGACCAGCCAGGCUGCAAAGUGAUGAUCAGAGUUGAGAAUGACGAAUUCUUUAAGUUUCAAUGUUUGCGCGCCAGACU